GUAGCAUGAAUCUCGGUCGAGUUUUUUGUUGCUUUUAUCGUGACGCAGCAUUCGUUUCACACUUGAUUUUUCAAUUCUACUAUAUCAGUGAAAAAUCAAAGAACUAAAACAGUGAUUCUCCGUCACCAGAAUAGUUUUGAGAAAGAAACAACACGUCGCAUAAUUAGUAGUCGGCCUGCAACUUGAGAUGCGUUAGCAUCGCACAAGGACGGGAAACCGCGACGGCAAUGACAAUGCUAGCCUCGGAACAACGACAGUGAAAGAUGGUGGACAAGGAAGAGUUGAAUAUAACGAAGGCUAAGGCGCCACCACCGUUGAAUCUCAACGAGGCGAUCGAAGACGAAGUACUGAACCAAAAGACUGCUAGAAUCCUUAAGAAUGAUCUUCUUCUACAUGAGGCUGUGAUAAAAAACGAAGCGGACACCGUUCGUAAAGUACUUAAGGAAACUGUUGACGUAGAUUCCAGAAAUAAUUAUGGUCGCGCUCCGAUUCAUUGGGCAGCCUCUAGAGGAAAUACGGAAAUUAUCGAAAUGUUGAUACAAGCCAAAUGCGAUAUCGAAGCGAGAGACAAGUAUGGAAUGCGCCCUUUACAUAUGGCUGCUCAGCACGGACAUCGAGACGCGGUGAAGAUGUUGAUCAAUGCUGGAGCAAACGUAUUCGCGGUUAACAAGAAACAACACACCCUCUUAAUGUGUGGUGCACGCGGCAGUAAUGUAAGCGUGGUGGAAUAUCUCGCGGAAGCUGUGGAAUCGUUAAAUGGUGAGGCUAUCGACUCUACCGGUGCAACUGCACUUCACCAUGCAGCCAUUUCCGGACAUCCUGCAGUGAUAACGGCAGUCGCUAAUAUCCCACGAAUUAUACUCGAUGCCACGGAUAAGAAAGGACAAACUCCGAUGCAUUAUGCCUGCGCUGAGGAGCACUUGGAAGCGGUCGAAGCUCUUAUAGGAUUAGGUGCGAACGUAGAUGCCCAGGAUAACGAUGGAAAUACCCCGCUUCAUGUAGCCACCAGAACGAGACACACCGGGAUAGCGCAAUUAUUAUUAAAAGCUGGAGCAAAUACUGAGCUAACCGACGCGGAGGGUUUCACUCCCCUUCACGUCGCCGCGAGUCAAGGAUGCAAAGGAAUACUCGAUUCCAUGAUUCAGCACGGAGCUGAUCUUAACAAGCAGUGCAAGAACGGCAACACAUCCCUGCAUCUGGCCUGUCUUAACAACGAAGUAGAAACGGUAGAAAUAUUAAUUAACAAAGGUGUCGAUCUCAAUUGUCUAAAUCAGAGACUUCAAUCACCGAUACAUAUUGCAGCCGAGAUGGGACAUACGGAUAUUUGUGAAUUACUUCUUGCAGCGGGCGCGAAUAUCGAGCAAAAAGAACAGAGCGGUCGGACACCACUUUAUAUUGCGGCGAGAGGCAGUUUCACAGCCAUCGUCGAUAUGAUCAUAAAAACCGCGAGAUUGGAUUAUCCGACUCCGGAAAUCUCAAAUUCGGACAAAGAGGUUCGAGAAUUAACUCCAGCGCGGAGGCGAUGGAGAGAAGGAUCAUGCGGUGGCAGCAUCUCCAGCAACAACGGACGUCUCUCCGAACAAGUUCGAUCUAUUCUCUGGAAAUUGGCCUAUAAACAAUUAGCACCUGGCGAUUGGAAAAAAUUAGCUCUUCAUUGGGCCUUCACUCCUGAACAGAUCAGAGCUAUCGAGCAUCAAUAUACAGAGCAGCUUUGUAAAAAGGACGAUAAAGCUCCAAUUUUAGGUUCUUCGAGUUACAAAGAGCACGGAUUUCGAAUGUUAAUGAUUUGGGCUUCCGGAUUAAAUCCUGACGUACAAUUAAUAAAAGAGCUUUGUGACGCUUUGUCAGCGGUGGAUAAGAAAGCAAUUGCUGAUUCUAUUCGUAAACAAAUGGAACAGGGAAAUGACAGUAAAGCGAAAUCGAAAGGACAACGAUGUCAUAAAUGUUGCAUCGCAUGAAUCUACAAGUGCCAAAUUUGUAAUUCUGCACGCAUAUGAAAAUAUAUGCGAAUGGAUGCUAUGACUUAUAUAACUGUUGCGUUGUUGGAAAUCUUCCAGAUUAUAAGUGGUAGAAAAAAUUUGAAAUUGGCAAACAUAAUAAUUUAUGAGACAAAUGAAAACUCUUCAUACAAUUAAUAAUAUCUUUUAUACUAACGAUGCACAAUGUUUCGUAAAUACUUGAAAUAUAACAAUUAUUAAUUUUUGACGCAAAGUAUAGCUGUCAUCAUAGGUUCAAAACAAUCAGAGUUUUCCUUGUAUUAAAAUAUAUAAUGAUACAUUUAACUUGAUAAAGUUUAUAUGCCAAGGUUUUAAGCCAAAACUUAAGAUACAUCCAACAAAAAACGCAUCAUCACAAUGAAUAAAAUUAAUCCGUCGGUGCUUCGAUAAAAUGUUACACAUACAAAUAUGAAAAAAAUCCAAAAAGAAAUAUAGAAAGAAAUUUUCACAUAUACAACAAAUUAAUUUUUCAUAAAUUUUUAAACUAGGUAGAUUGCGCGAUCUUGCAGAAUCGAAGAUAAAGCUUGACUAGAAUAGAUCAUUCUACAAAGUAUUAUACUUUUCUGAAUUAUUCUAUAAAUGGGUUAAAUAUCAUUCAUAUUCAAACUUAUGCAUAUAUGUACAUAUAUGACAGUGAAAAACAUAACAGUAAAAAAUAUAUUAGAAACACGCUGCGUAUAAAUUAUAUAUAUAUGCGAAAAAGAAUAUUUAAAAAGUCGCGAGAUAUUUGAACAACUAUAUACGUAUGGAACCAAGCCGUCCUAAGCUAAUUUAGAUGAUUAUUAUAAUUCCGUUUAUUCUUGCGUUUCUCUUAUAGAGAAACGCAGUAUACCUCCGUAACUUGUAGAAACAAAUUUAUAGUUAGUAUACAAAAGCCAUCGAAAAAGCGAUACAAUUGUAAAAUCAAAGUAACAAUGUCGAAUGUAGAAACUCUUCGACAUAGAUAUAAUAACGCAUAGAAUAAGUAUGAGAGUAAAUUUUGCAGGGCUUUUGAUGUGAUAAAAAAUUAUUAGAUUGUUAGAUUUCGAUAAAGAUGUUUAAAAAAUCUCGAUAGAGCGACUAUUACACGCACAUUUCUCUGAGAGAGACAAUCUACAUAUCCGAAAUUUUUAAAUUAUCUAUAUUUAAUUAACUACGGGAAAUAAUAUUACAUAUCUAGCUUUAUUCUCAAUAUUUAAUGAAUUAAAAAUCAGAAAAUUUUUUGAAUAAAAUCGAACUUUCGUAGUAAUAAAUUUUUAAAUGAGAAUAAAAUAAAUUUUUUUCUCUUUUUACUAUAUUUAACUUUAUAAUUUUAGAACGCUAAAAAGUCAUAUCAGUAAAAAACAAAAUAUCAGAUCGAAAAUAAUUAAGUACAAAAAUACUUUUUCUGUACUUGUGUAUUUAUGAUUUUAUAAUAAUAAAAUUGUAACAUAUUAUUAACAAAAGAGUAGCGAUAAUGGAUAAAAAAAAAAC